AUGGAGUUGGAUGAAAAUUGUAAAUGGAGAUUAAGGGGGAAGAAGAAGGCACUUUGUGACAUGUUUGAGGUUACUGUGUUUCACAACGAACACACAUGUAACUUGGAUUCUAGACAUUCUGAUCACCGGCAAGCAGCACCGUGGGUCAUUGGUCACAUUAUUAAGAACAAGUACACAUCAGAUGGAUCUAACUACAAGGCAAAAGACAUACAGGGGGAUAUGUUUGAUGAAUAUGGCAUCAAGAUGAGUUACGAGAAAGCUUGGAGAUGUAGAGAGAAGGCAGUUAUGAAGGGAUUUAAGUAUUGUCGUCCCGUGAUUAGUAUCGACGGAACAUUCUUGAAGACGAAGUAUGGAGGAACAACCGUUAGUUGCCGUUGCGUACGAUGCAAACAACCAAUUGUUUCCGUAGCCUUUGCAAUUGUUGACGGUGAGAAUCAUGACUCUUGGAAGUAUUUCUUGCGAAAGUUGAAGGAAGCCAUUGGUCCGGUUGAAAAUCUUAUGUUCAUAUCGGAUAGGCAUCAAAGCAUUGAACAUGCUGUUGAUGUUGUUUUCCCAGAAGCAUGCCACUGUGCAUGCUUCAAGCAUAUUACUAUGAAUGUCAAUCACAAGUUUAAGACUGAUGUAUGCAACAAGCAAAUAUGGCUUGCAACAAGACGGAAUAUGAUAGGCAUUUUGAGGUUCACACUUCAAAAUUGGUUUGCUUCUCGUCUCGAAAAGGCUAGUAAGUGCGCUACUCCUUUGGCUACUACUUUUGAAAAUGAUUUAAAGGAUCAACACAAAGAUGGUAUGUUCAGGAGUGUCCUUCGUAAUGGUGCCCAAUUGUUCAACGUUGGUACGAGUCCUCAAGGUGAGAGAGGUGGUGAUGUGAACUUAGUGGAGAGAACAUGCACUUGCGGACUUUUCCAAAUGCUGAAAAUCCCUUGUCCACAUGCAUGUGCCGCGAUUAGUCAGAAUGUGAGCGUGUACACACUUUGCUCUCCAUAUUACACUAAAGAAACGUGGAAGAAAACCUACGAUGCCACAAUUAAUAUUGUUGGCGAGGAGGAUGAGUGGGUACUACCGGAACAUAUCAAGAACAUAAGAAUCGGGGUACCAGUGGAGAAAAAACCAGUAGGUCGGCCUAGGAAGAGCAAUGCAGGUAGAAGACCGACGAAGCGUCGACCUUCUAGUGGUCGUGGUAGUGGAACCUCGUCAUUGUUCGCUAUGUCACGGUUCAGGGCACAACAGAGCUACAUGCAAAGCUCGAGUUUGAACCAUUUCUCCAAUUUUUAA